CAACUUGUUAAGCAUCAACCAAUCGUCUCAUCUCGCCUAGAUCCAGAAGAAAAAAACCGAAGUUGUGCGUUAUACUAAAAGUCACCAUCACCAUGGCGGGUCAGUGGGCGGCGACCAAACCUAGCCGGAGCGACGACGUUCUGGACGACAACGAACAAGCCAGAAUAGCUAAUCAGGUCAAAGCCCAGUUCGAUGCCAUCGCCCCAAAGCGACCCACCAAACCCAACCGCAGCGAGUCCGAUUCAACCGCACCACCCGCCCCUCCUUCCGACCAAGACGUCCCACUUCCCGAGUUCGAAAAGCUCCGAUCCCUCCAAUCCCAAUCUCAAGUUAUAUUUUCAGGUGCAAAUGCUGGCCAAGACGAGUUUGUAGAGACCCAGUACUACAAACAACUGGAUUCCGUUGACAAAGAACAUCACACGAUAGGAACUGGGUUUAUAAGGGUGAGUAGCAGCGGAGGAGGUGGAGAUGGGUGUGAUCUUCAAUUACUCAAUGGCUAUAAAAAUGGUGGAGUGAGAGACAUGGUUUACUUCAGAACAAACCCUGCGACCAACGACUGGAUUCCUAACAUCGAAGAAGACGAUCGGGUUACCUGUUCCUCUGCGAAGCCAAAUCGAAGCGAGAGUGGUUAGAUCCGGCCGGCAGAGAUGGGAAUUGUCGUGCUCCUAUCAAACUUGGUUGUCAUUUUUAUUUUUAAUAAUAAUAAUUACUGUAUUAAUUAAUGUUGUGUGCAUUAUUGGAAAGGCAACGGGUUAAGGGAUAAGGAUGAGUUUGGUGGAAUGAUUAAAAGAAUUACUAUGAA